UUCGAAAAUUUAACGCCCGCGCUGCUGCAGCGCGUUGCUCUCCGGUUGGAAAACAUCAAAAAAUAUCACUAAAAACAACGAUAUUGGAUAAAUCGCCGGGAAAAAAUAUUGAAAAACGAUAUUUGGUUUCGUGUAAAAAUAUUGUUUUCUAAGAUAUUUUCAUAUAUUUUUUGGAAUCCGGCAAAAAAAGAUACAUUUGUAUCUUUCGCGUUGAUAAACAAAUUCCAGCACCGAAACGUAUUUGUCGCGCAAUACUGAAAAGUUAUUGGUCUAUUGUGUACAUUAAUUAGUUAAUGGGUAAUUGCUCAAUUUAGAAACAUGUGCAAUCGAGUGCAAGUUACUUAAACCAGAAACAAAGUGGAUAAAGGAAAAUAAUUAAGAAAAACGAAGGAAAAUAUGCUCAGAAAACGCAUCCGUAGCCUACUUAUCGCAUAAAAACCGGUACGAUACCGUUAACGGAUUGCCAUAAUCGCCGUCGCGUUAAUUCGACCCCGCCCCCGUCUCCCGAUUAUAUAUAUCCGACUAACCGUUAUCGCGCUCGUGUGUCUGUCUCCGUGUGCGUGAGCCUCUUUAUCUCCUGUACAUAUGUACAAUAUUUGUCGUCGUCGUCGUACAUCGUUGUUGUUGUUCUUGCUGUUAUCCUUAUUAUGCAUCAUCCGCUGGCAUUAAUCUGCGUAUAAAGUAAAUAUAAAAAAUUUGUGUUCUUCGGUGUUGUCUCGUGUAAGUGUCUAUAAUUUGUUUAAGUACGACAAGCGAUCGGUGCGAAUCAAAAAAAAUCGUCCUGUUUGUGUGUGCAAAUUGAUAAUAUCGCUAUCAAAACAACAACAACAAAAUCAAUCAAUCAACGUCAGCAAAAAACCAAUAAACAGGAAUUUCUGUAAAUCUUCAAAGCAUUUUGGAUCUGUUUAAAUGUAUUAAAAAAUUCAGCUCAUUUAAUCAAUUUUAUUGGAAACCAUUUAAAAGAAAUGACUGAACUUGCAUCCCUCAACAAAUUUGUUUUCCCAUAAAUAAAUAAAUCCCGAAGACAAAAAAGUAAAAGUUGUUAAAUACAAAAUUAAUCAAUAUAUUCAAUAUCCAUUUAAAGAUUAAAGUAAAUUCAGACGCAGUAACUCUAAAUCACGCACAGCCAAACCAAACAAAAAUAAAAUCAAAUCCAUUUAAAUGCAAUAAAGUUAGACGAAAAGCACACACAGAAAAUCAACAAUAAUAAAUGUUGUACAUUUAAUCAAACCAAUUGAAAUUUAACUAACAUUUAUGCAAAGUAGAAAUGUUAAAUUUACACAACAAAAACCACAAUAACAACAGCGCCAAGAACAAGCAUAACAAAAGCCACAAAAUGCAUUUGAAAAGUGCAACGGCAAAAGCAACAAUAAUGAAACAUAAGUUAAGCAAAUUUUACGGAUACGGUUGGAUGCAAGUCUUCCUACUACUUACAGUCCUCGUGAUUGGUAAUCAAAGUGCCUGGCAGGAGAAUAUACGACCAAAACUUUACGUUGAAUUAGGUCCCGAAGAUGUACUCAAGUUUGUGGGUAACGAAAGUGUCGUGGAUCACUUUAAGCUCGUCACCAGGGAUGGGAACAGUCUGCUCAUCGGUGCCAGAAAUACGGUUUUUAAUUUAAGCAUACACGAUCUCGUCGAGCAGCAGCGUUUGGUCUGGACGUCGCCGGAGGACGAUACCAAAAUGUGUGUCGUCAAGGGCAAAGAUGAGGAGGCCUGUCAGAACUACAUUCGCAUCAUGGUGGUGCCAUCGCCGGGUCGCCUCUUCGUUUGCGGCACCAACUCGUUCCGGCCAAUGUGCAACACGUACAUCAUCAGCGACAGCAACUACACGCUGGAGGCCACGAAAAACGGACAGGCGGUGUGCCCAUACGACCCCCGCCACAACUCCACCUCUGUGCUGGCUGACAACGAACUGUAUUCCGGGACCGUGGCGGAUUUCAGCGGUAGCGAUCCGAUUAUCUACCGGGAGCCCCUGCAGACCGAGCAGUACGAUAGCCUGAGUCUCAACGCACCGAACUUUGUAAGCUCAUUUACGCAGGGAGACUUUGUCUAUUUCUUCUUUCGGGAAACCGCCGUUGAGUUCAUCAACUGCGGCAAGGCGAUUUAUUCGCGCGUUGCCCGCGUCUGCAAAUGGGACAAAGGUGGCCCGCAUCGAUUCCGCAACCGCUGGACAUCCUUCCUCAAGUCCCGCCUCAACUGCUCCAUUCCGGGCGACUAUCCGUUCUACUUUAAUGAAAUCCAAUCGGCCAGCAAUCUGGUGGAUGGACAGUACGGCUCGAUGAGCUCGAAGCUGAUCUACGGAGUCUUCAACACGCCGAGCAACUCGAUUCCCGGCUCUGCGGUUUGUGCCUUCGCCCUGCAGGACAUAGCCGAUACGUUUGAGGGCCAGUUCAAGGAGCAGACCGGAAUCAACUCCAACUGGCUGCCUGUAAACAAUGCCAAGGUUCCCGACCCUCGUCCCGGUUCCUGUCACAACAAUUCGAGAGUGCUUCCGGAUCCCACUUUGAACUUCAUCAAAACACAUUCGCUAAUGGACGAGAAUGUGCCGGCAUUUUUCAGUCAACCGAUUUUGGUCCGGACGAGCACAAUAUAUCGCUUCACUCAAAUCGCUGUCGAUGCACAGAUCAAAACUCCAGGCGGCAAGACAUAUGAUGUUAUUUUUGUUGGCACAGAUCACGGCAAGAUUAUCAAGUCAGUAAAUGCCGAAUCGGCAGAUUCCGCGGAGAAGGUCACUUCUGUUGUCAUCGAGGAGAUUGAUGUCCUGACCAAGAGUGAACCCAUUCGCAAUCUGGAAAUAGUUCGAACUAUGCACUAUGAUCAACCAAAAGAUGGCAGCUACGACGAUGGCAAAUUAAUCAUUGUGACGGACAGCCAGGUGGUAGCCAUACAAUUGCAUCGUUGUCACAAUGACAAAAUCACCAGCUGCAGUGAGUGCGUCGCAUUGCAGGAUCCGUACUGCGCCUGGGACAAAAUUGCUGGCAAGUGCCGUUCCCACGGCGCUCCCCGAUGGCUGGAGGAGAACUACUUCUACCAGAACGUGGCCACUGGCCAGCAUGCGGCAUGCCCCUCAGGCAAAAUCAAUUCGAAGGAUGCCAACGCAGGGGAGCAGAAGGGCUUCCGCAACGACAUGGACUUAUUGGAUUCGCGGCGCCAGAGCAAGGAUCAGGAAAUCAUCGACAAUAUUGAUAAGAACUUUGAAGGUCCCCAAAUCUCUGCAGAUAUAAUCAACGCCCAGUACACGGUGGAGACCCUGGUAAUGGCCGUCCUGGCCGGCUCGAUCUUCUCGCUGCUGGUCGGGUUCUUCACAGGAUACUUCUGCGGUCGACGUUGCCACAAGGACGAGGACGACAAUCUGCCAUAUCCCGAUACAGAGUACGAGUAUUUUGAGCAGAGGCAAAAUGUCAAUAGUUUCCCCUCGUCCUGCCGCAUCCAGCAGGAGCCCAAGCUGCUGCCCCAGGUGGAGGAGGUGACGUACGCGGAACCGGUGCUCCUGCCCCAGCCGCCGCCGCCAAAUAAGAUGCACUCGCCGAAGAAUACGCUCCGCAAGCCGCCGAUGCACCAGAUGCACCAGGGUCCCAACUCGGAGACGCUCUUCCAGUUCCAGCCCGAUGGUUAUAACACCCAGCAAUCCUAUCGCGGUCGCGACAACUUUGGAACACUGCGUUCCCACCAAGUGAUGGGCGAUAACUACAGGCGCGGCGAUGGCUUUUCCACCACCCGCAGCGUCAAGAAGGCUGUAAACAACACAAACACACGUAACAGAAGUCUUGGUCGCGCAAGAAGACAGCCGCCCCGUCAUGGCAUUGUAACUCAACACCGUUCGAAUAGUCCCCAGCAGCAGCAGCAACAGCAGCAGCAGUCCCAGCAGCCGCACUCCAGUUCCGGCUCCUCGCCCGUAAUGUCCAACAGCAGCAGCAGUCCGGCUCCGCCAUCCAGCAGUCCCAGUCCGCAGGAGAGCCCCAAGAACUGCAGCUACAUCUACCGUGAUUGAUUGAUAUGCAACACCAAAUCGAUGCCACUCAUCCAGGCCCAGUCCACGCCGCACCCCCAGUCGCACACCCAGCCACAGCCACACCCACACACGCACCCGCCCCCCAUACCGACCACGCCCCCAGCCCAGCCAUGCACCAGAAGUCCGAUGAUCGGCCGGAUAUACGCCAAGUCAAUGCCGGUGACUCCGGUUCAACCACAAUCGCCGCUGGCGGAGACGCCCUCCUACGAGCUCUACGAACGCCACUCCUACGCCACGUUCCACUUCGACGAUGAGGACGAUGAGGAGCAGGACCAGGACCAGGAGGACACCUCAUCGCUGGCCAUGAUCACACCGCCGCCGCCCUACGACACGCCUCACCUGCUCGUUUCGCCACCACCGCCGCCGCCCCGUCGAUUUCGCUUUGGCAACCGUGAGCUGUUCAGCAUGAGUCCUGCCGGAGGCGGGGCCACGCCCACGGCCUCGGGCAGCUCCACCAACCGCGGCAGCAGCGCCAUUACGCCCACCAAGCUGAGCGCCGCAGCAGCGGCCAUGUUUGCUGCCCCACAAAUGGCCACCCAGCUGAACCGGAAGUGGGCGCACCUGCAGAGGCGGCGGCGCAGGCGCAACAGCAGUUCCGGCGACUCCAAGGAGCUGGACAAGUUGGUCCUCCAGUCGGUCGACUGGGAUGAGAACGAGAUGUACUAGCAGACGAGCCACACAUGAGAUACCAGAAAGACUUCCAUUUAAGCCGUACUGCAUCCAAUUUCACUUUUUUCGGAAACACCUAUAAUCCGAAAAGGAAACGAAAAAAAUGUGAAAUCAUAUUGGGCUUAUUUAGGGAUAAUGAUUUAUUACUGUUAGGGAAGUAAAUAGUAAUUGACUUAAAGCUACCUUUAACUUUCUUUGGCGCGAUUUCUUCCAAAGAAAUUUUACCAUAUUUUAACAUCAUAAUUUUUCAUGAGAAUUUUAUCAAUACUUUCAUUUAAACAUUUUUUGGGCACGUAAAUAUUAAACACUUGUUUUGAAAGAAAGUUAGAUAGGCAAGUUACAAAUUUUAAAUACGUCAACAUACGCCAAAUCUUUUUUAUAAACACAACUUCUUGAUUUAGAAUAUUUAAAAAUUCAAUUUCCCUGACAACAGUUAGCAGCUUUGGAGAAGUUUACUACUUACUACCUUAAUAUGUGCACAAAAGUACUCAGUUCCAAAAGUGGCGAUGAAAAUUAAAAAGUGGCUUAUGACUAGGGCAUAUUACACAUCCUUUUCCCAAUCAUCCUCCUUCCCUUAACAUACAAGUAGCAAUCGAAAAAAUCAUUAAUUAGCGAUAGGAACUGGAUGGGGAUUUACUUACACACAAAAAGCCAGAGAAGUUAUACACGAAAUUUAUAGUUAUAUAGCCUUUAUACAUAUUCCCAGAUCUGCUAAGUAUACACAAGCAUAACAUAACAUACGUAUAUAUGACUCUAUAUAUACUAUAUAAUUGAUUAUAUAGACACACAGUUCAAGAGAAACGGCUACGCUAAACUAGAGCUGCAAAAUGAUAUUGUUAAUUAUCAUUAGAGAAAAAUCAACAUUUGUAAAUAUUAAUAAUAAUGAUGAGCAAGACGUAACGUAAUUUAAGCGAACCUUAUUCGAAUAGAGUAUACACGAUAUACAAGAUUUUUUGCAUUUAACCCAGAGAAAUUAAAAAUAGAAGAAAUUUAAAAGGCAUUAACAAAUGGUUAAGGAAGAUGAUAAAACAAAACGAAACGCUUAUUACUGAUUUACACAAAAGAAAUGAAUUACCGAAAUAGUAGGAGGGCGAACAAAUUAGUCUUAAGCCGUCAGAAAUCGGGGAAAUAUAAGGGGAUUGCAUUCGGGAUUCAUUCCGAACUGGAACUGGAACUGCCAAUCGCAAUACAGCGCUCCCAUCGAAAUCGAAUCCAUCGAGUGCAUUUUCCAUUGUCAAUUUUAUUUGCAGAGCCUCAAGCUAUAGUACUUCUUCAGACUCCUGUGCUUCAGUCUGCCAUAGGAAAGUGUAAAUUAUGUACAGGACUAUACGCAUUAUUCAACCGAUCUGUACAGAAAACAGUAUGUGCGAUAUGUGCCAUAAUUGGGUAUGUGCCCACCUUGAGUUUAGUUGUUAUUGUUUGCAUUGAUUCAGAAUAGUUCUUUACUGAGGACAUAACUCGCUAUCUUUGUAUAUAUACGAAUAUAUAUAUAUGCAUGAAGAGGAACACACAAAUUUCAUGUGAAGUGAUCGAUCAAAAUUUAGUGAAAGCAUUAAAACUAAACUUUAGCCUAGCCACAUAGGGUUUGUAAUAUAGAUUGAGCCGGAGGGCAGAACAAAACUUUUGAAAAUAUUUUCACUAGGGGCAUUGCUAAUGUUGUUCUCGUAAUAGAGUAUAUUAGAAAUAGGCUAAGCUAAUUGAUAUUCAAUAUUUUGUAUGAGAAACAUUAAAAUCAUCCGAUCGAACUUGGAAAUUGCGUUACAAGACGAGUAAAAAAAGCGUAGAAAUAUCUAAAUCAAAGCAAAUGUAUAAACAACAAACACAUAACAGCAGUAGUUUUAAAAAAAAAAACCCACACAAACGUAAGCGUAUAUAUUGAUUCAUAAAUACUUUAUGCAGCUGCAAUUUAAUGCUUUUUAUAUGCAAUUUUACUUUUUGACAAAAUGUAUACAACCGAUGGAAAAUCAACAAUGGAAAACAAAAUCUGAAGAAAAAAACAAAGUAAAGGAAAUGCGAUUACAUUUAGACAGCCAAAGACACAAAUGAUUAAUGAAUUGGUUUUUAAAGUUGUUUGUGCUUUUUUAAAUAGUUUUAUUUGUAAAUACUUAUAAUUUAAACUAAUGUAAUGCUCUUAAGGAAUACGUAAUACUAUGAUUUCUGUUUCAGUUUAUUUAGUUUUUAAAUUGAUUGUUUUUAUGUUAUUCGUUUAGAAUACAGUGUCGAGUACUUUGAAAGCAAUACAAACACUUACAAAUGUAUAAGCAAAGAAUAAAAACAAAGAUUCAGACACGUAAAGUAGCAGCAGAUAAAUAAAACUUAGGAUACACUAGAGUUUUGAACUAAUUCUAGAUCUACAUCAACUACUUAUACAAUUGCAUACAAGUAUUAACUGAAUCAGAUCAUUAACUUUUAUACACUUUACCAUUUACAUAUAUACAAGCAAACUGAAUGCCGAUUACCGAUUAUUCAAUAUACAAGGCAAAAUCUAACAUUUAAUUGUAAUUGAAAGCCAGGCUGCAAUUGAAAGGUUUUACAGUAAAUCAUGCCUACAGACAUAAACCAGCAGAAACAGUAACAAGAGCAGAGAAUUCAUGAAUAUAUACUUAUACAUAAAUAUAGAUGACCCAUAUACAUACACUUAUUAGAUACUUUAGAAGAGAGAUUCUCUAGAAAUGCUUUUAAAUUGAAAAAAACAAAAAAAAAGAAGAAAAAUGUAAUAAUAAACAAACAAAAAUAACUGAUUUAAGCAAAGUAUUUUAUUAAAAACACUCAAUAACAAAAGGCAGAGUCAAACGCAAAACAAAAAAAAACAAAAAAAUCUAUAAAUUUCUUAAAACUUUCAGCAAAAGGCAAACAUUUGUGAGAUAAGCCAACUCAGACACUUUUUUAGAAGAGCAGAAAUCGGGGUUGACGAUAAUGAUGAUCACUACGACGUCGUUGAAAAUACUUUAAAGAUAAUUAUAAGCUAAAUAAAAAGGAUUUUUAACUUUCUCCGAAUAAGACGAAAACAAUUAUUACCUACAGAUUGUAGCGGGCGCAUUCAUAUUUGCUAAUUAGCAACUUAUUAAACUAUAACGAACAACAAACAAUUUAAAAAUUAGAGCAGAAAGCAGGAACCCAAAAACUAAAAAAAGAAAACAAUCCAUGACAUGACACACCCAAGUUUUCAUUUUUCAUUAAAAACGAUAUAUAUUCAAGUGCUUCUUACAUAAAAUAAAUAUAAAUAUAAAUAUAUAUGAAACAAAAAUAUAUAAACGAUUACAUGAUAGAUAUUAUUACGAGCAGGCAUUACAUUAUAAAUACCUACUAACUAGAUUAAGGCAUUUACCACAAACUUGAUUAUUAUGAACUGUAUUAUUAUGUUUUGUGAAAUCGAGCGAACUAUUACAGAUAAUGGAAAUCAGAUUACUGCGCGAAUUUAGAGUAAGCGUAAUAACUCUGUACGAUGUCCGGUUCCGUUUGGUUUUAUAAUUUCUAAGUAGCCAGCUCUCUAUGCAUAUAGAAUAAAUACAAACACACAGUGACACGUAAUCGAUGCAUUUUACUUACUUGAAGGCCAUAAAUGAAGCAAAGUUAAGCGAGUUCAUGAAUUCAAUUUAUAUAAUUAUGUUAAGAUUUUAUAACGCAACAAGCCUAACGUAUGCAUUACCUAUAUGAAUACUAUUAUGCGAAACUUUGUAAAUACUUCACCAACCAAAUAAAUAUUCCUUCAUUCAAGCAAAACAA